AUGAACGCCGACGACGAGAUGACGACCGCUAUUCGAGCUCAAGACGACGGCAUGAAAACCACCAGAGCUCUCACCAGCACAGUUCUCGACGCAGAUCAUCCCGCAGCCCGGCCGAAAAAACCAACAGCCGAAGUGACCGUGAUCGGCCUCGCCGCGAGCGCAGAGACCGAUCGACAAGCUUGGCUGGUGAAGACCACGACAGACACAGACACCGCAGCCAUCGACACCGUGAUACCCGCCACGAAGAUGAAGAUCGAUCCUCUCGGAGGCAUCGCCACAUGCGAUCACGCUCUCGCUCACUCCGACGCAUUCACCGAUGUUGCGCACCCUGCAGAUGCGGCGGCACCAGAAAAGCAAAAGCCGAACUUCAAUGCAACUGGUAGACUUGCAGCUGAAAGCAACACAAUUCAGGUUCAGGGCGGUGCGGAAAUAGUUCUGAAAUACCAUGAGCCUCCAGAGGCACGCAAGCCGCCCUCCAAGGAAGCUUGGCGCAUGUAUGUAUUCAAAGGGCAAGAUUUACUCGAAACGGUUGAAUUGGGCGAACGUAGUUGCUGGCUGGUCGGUCGCGAGCGAAUGGUGGUAGACUUCCCACUCGACCAUCCUAGCUGCUCGAAACAGCACGCAGUGCUACAAUUCCGAUUUGUUGAAAAGCGCAAUGAAUACGGCGAUCGCAUUGGCAAGAUCAAGCCUUAUCUUAUUGAUCUUGAAAGUGCAAAUGGAUCGAGUGUUAACGGGGAGACCAUCCCCGCUGGUCGCUACGUCGAAGUCAUGGACAAGGACGUGAUUCGCUUCGGCCUGAGCUCGCGCGAAUACGUCCUCAUGCUGCCUCCCACCUGA